UCCUUCUGCCAGCGGCCGGAAAGGAGUCGCGCAGCCGGAAGGGAAAAGGAGCUGCAGUCGAGCGAUUAUUUCGUACUUUGGUAGCACUAUGGAUGCGCGUUUUACUCGUGGAAAAUCUGCAAUCCUUGAACGUUCACUCACCCGACCCAAGACAGAUGUAAGCCUCAGUGCCUUUUCCCUGCUGUUUUCUGAGAUUGUGCAGUACUGCCAGAACAGGGUCUAUUCUGUUUCUGAGCUUCAGAACAAACUUUCUGAGCUAGGCCAGCAGGUGGGAGCCCGUAUCCUGGAUGUGCUGGUAAUGCGAGAGAAAAAUGGUAAGCGAGAAACCAAGGUCAUCAAUAUUCUGCUCUUCAUCAAGGUGACUGUGUGGAAGGCUCUCUUUGGGAAAGAAGCUGACAAGCUUGAGCAAGCCAAUGAUGAUGACAAGACCUACUAUAUUAUUGAGAAAGAGCCUCUUAUCAAUACUUACAUUUCAGUUCCCAAGGAGAACAGCACCCUCAACUGUGCCUCCUUCACUGCUGGCAUUGUGGAGGCCAUGCUCACUUGCAGUGGCUUCCCUGCUAAAGUCACAGCCCAUUGGCACAAAGGGACCACACUCAUGAUUAAAUUUGAUGAGUCAGUUAUAGCACGUGACAAAGCCCUGGAUGGUCGCUGACUGUAUUUUGUAUAAAUAAAUUUGAAUUGUCCUUGU